AUGUUCCCGCAACGUGCGCCUCCGAAGGGUCAAACACCAGCCGAGAAGCUCAACCCAAAACCAGUUCCCGUAGUCAAUCCAACCAAAACAACGAAUGCCACGGCUCCGACUACGAGCGUCACAAAUCCGACUACGAAUAUCACAACUCCGACUACAAAUGUCACAAACCCGACGACAAAUGUCACAACUCCGACUACAAAUGUCACAAACCCGACGACAAAUGUCACAACUCCAACUACGAGCGUCACAAACCCCGUAACAAAUGUCACAACUCCAACUACAAAUGUGACGACACCUGCUACCACUACAACCACAACUACAACUACAACUACAACUACCAAUGGACUAGGUUCCAGACCAGUGUUCAUUCUAUUUCCCGGUGACUGGACUGGCGAUGUCUGGCAUUGUGCUGCCGCAGGAUACCUUGCCACGCGAUACGCAAUGCCCAACAACCCAACCUUCAAGGCCUAUCCUAUCAUCGUCAUUGGCAUCCAGGACCCCGGCACCACUGGCCCUCUUGAUGGUUUUGCCCCACCUGACAGUUUCAAGUCCGGAGCAGCUACUUGGGAAUACCUUCAAUCCAUAUCAGUUCCAUGUCUCCUCGCACGAAUCUGCGGAGAAGAGGUGAAGAAGCAGGGUGGUCUCCAGGCGGCAAUGCAUCGCAUGCCCCCUGGAUGCUUCACGGGAAUGGCGGCCGUUUACAACACAGUCGUGCCGGAGGCCGGCAGUGCAGUCAACAAUCCUACUACCUGGUUUCAGAGAGCUUGGAGAGCAACGCCCAUAUGGGAUUCUAGAAGCGCAACCGAAUUUGUUCAGCCCAACAGCGCCAAUGAUGUCACAUUUCUGACGAAGAAGUUCAAAUCCGUAUUCCCGAACAACUGGGACCACAAACCCGUAAUCACGUGCAAAUGGAGCGUUCCAGUCGUUCCACCUUCUAAUACUUUUGCUAUCAUGAAGAACCAAAUUCUGAAUCUCUGGGCCUCUACAACAAUUACAAUGCAGCAUUUGCAGCCGGUAGGUACCCGAAAUGAGGUAUUUUCCAGACUCCAAGCCGGGCUCCGUCGCCCAGGAGAUGACAUCCCGGAUAUUCAAAGGGCAAAACAAAGGAUUGAGGAACUUCGAAAGAUAACCGAUUCUCCCAAGUAUGAUUGGUGGAGAGUGGAUACCAACGGAAAACGCGUCCCAGGCGACAAGCAGUUCGUCCUCUUCAACUACCGCAUCGGCGACGUGAACAAGCAGCACGACUCAACCUGGGGGCUUUUCCAGCAUGUCAACGAGAUCGCAAACCCGCGUGCAGGCGACGGGCUAACGACAAGGCCAGAGGACACGCUAUAUUACCACAUCAUCCCGAUAUUAGUCGGUGUACCAGCCCCAGAUCCCGAAAAGCCGAAUGUGCCCAACGUCCGGGCCAUGUUGACGGCUGCGAAUAAAGACUACAUCGACCUCUAUCCACCGGACCUGCCCAAGGUCGACAAAUCCUACACCGCGGCCUUCUGGGCGAUGCUCGCGACCGACGCGGACCUGAAAUCCAAGAUCUUCGGCCUCAUCGGCGGCCGCAGUGGCUCGAUGGACAUCGCGUCGUUCAUGGGCAUUAACACGUGCAGCUGGGAGGAACCGCUGGAUAAGCUCGGCUUCUCUGUCGGCGAUGACACUGAUACGCAGAGGCGACAGUACCUCAGGCUCUAUAGUCAAUACCCCUGCAUGAGUAUCACGUACCUAGAUGCGACUUCUAAUGGCGGUAAUCGGACGAAUUAUCAGAGGUUGGACGAGCCGCAGACUAGAGCCUGGUUUGAGUAUGGUGACGCCCAGGAAUCGAGGCCUCCUCUGGCACAGAAUGGCCUGGUUGGUAAACAGUUCGCAGCACUAGGCGGAGCGGCGGAGAAGCUGGAGAAGGUUGAACACGGCAUCCGCAGCCCUCUCCGUGAUCUUCAAGGGUGGAACUAA